AUGGGAUGGGUGGCCAGCUGUGAAAUGAAUGAAUGGUCACAGCAGAUCUGCAGGGCCGGGGCGCGGGCCGGCGGGAAGACGGCGAACGUGGGGCUGCAGUUCCAGGGGCUGCUGCUCGGGCAGCUGCACCACCUGCACCGCGUGCCCUGGAGCCACAUCCGCGGGAAGCUGCAGCCCCGGGUCACCGAGGAGGUCUGGCAGGCCGCCCUGAGCACCCUCAACCCCAACCCCACGGACAGCUGUCCCCUCUACCUGAACUACGCCACCGUGGCUGCCCUGCCCUGCAGGGUGAGCCGGCACAACAGCCCCUCGGCUGCCCACUUCACCACGCGGCUGGCGCGGACUCACCUGCCGCCCGGAGUGCAUCGCUGCACUGUGAUGGUCUACGAGCAGCCUGAGGUCUUCGCCUCCGCCUGUGCCCGGGCCCGGGCCUUCCCGCUGUUCACCCACCGCUCAGGUGCCUCUCUGCGCCUGGAGAAGACGGUCACUGUGGAGUUUUUCCUGGUGGGACAAGACGACGGGCCAGUGGAGGUGUCCACACUGCAGUGCUUAGCAAAUGCUACAGAAGGCGUGCGGCCAGCAGCCCGCAUCGUGGACACACCUUGCAACGAGAUGAACACCAACACCUUCCUUGAGGAGAUUAACACAGUUGGAACAGAGCUGGGGAUUGUCCCAACCAUCAUCCGGGAUGAGGAACCGAAGACCAGAGGAUUUGGAGGAAUCUAUGGGGUUGGCAAAGCCGCCCUGCACCCCCCAGCCCUGGCAGUCCUCAGCCAUACCCCAGAGGGAGCCACGCAGACCAUUGCCUGGGUGGGCAAAGGCAUCGUCUAUGACACUGGGGGCCUCGGCAUCAAAGGGAAGGAUAAGUAAUGGAGAUAGGCGAAUUGGAAGCUUUUAUGUGUAUGAUUAAAGCGCAACGGUAGCCACGGCAAUUUUUAAAACUUCAAUGAACAACAGGUUUUUGGAGGAGGAUUAUGUUAUCGUUGACAUUGUUCAGAGACACCAGCACACCGUGGUAAUAAGCAAACUGACUUUUAGUCGCUUUACUGUGAUUCCUAGAUUCGCCACAGAUAAUGCACCCCCUAAUGCCUGCGCCUGGUACUGUCUGCCCCCACCCUCGCACCCUCAGUACCCACAGUCUCCCUAGAAGCCGCUACAUUCCGGCUGGUAGAGUCACGGACCCUCAUCUCCUUGGAUCAGAUGCUUGUUUUUGAUGUCGGCUUGUUGUGGAUCAGUGUGAGAAGCUGGACUUCCUGGGAAUUCAUUCUCUUGCUUGUGGCACUAACUCUGGUCACUUAGGGAAAAUGUCGUUGCACCCGAUUUCAUCUCAUGUGGCCGUGGGUGCACCUGUGCAGUAAGGCAGCUCCUGGCCUGGAAAUUAACACAAAGGAGAAACCUGACCACACAGGCCUUCCCUAGAGGCCACAGCGGCACAGCCUCCAGGGAAGCCAUGGUCUGAGGGUGGCUGGUAGAGCUGCCAGAGAGUAGGGGAUUUUCCAUGGUUCCAAACCACCUUCUGAAAACGAGACCAUAGGCCCUGCCUAUUCCCCGGGGUCCACCUGGUCUGCAGACCCCAUAAUACAUGGAAUAGCUGGGCGUUCUGGCACCAGCAAAACAAUACCUGUUUUUCUAUUUUAAACCCACCCAUCUUCCCUGCUGUGUUUGGAACUGUUCUAUGUGGAUUUGGGAUCAACCAACAGGCCUUUCCUGAGCUGUUACUGUGUGGAGUGGGCACUGAGGCCCAGCCAUUGAUGGAAAGACCCAAAUCCUGACCUGAAGGCGCUCAGAGUCUCACCGAAGGGCCUGGUGUGACACAGGAACGCAGCGAGCAUUCUCCCCAGGGCUGCCUCGAGAGAAGAUUGUGCAGAAGUGGUCACUCCUUAAAAAGCAAGCUGGGUGGAGCCAGCCAGGCUCCCAGUUUCGCAA